UCCCAUUGCACAACAACAAAGCAUCCGAUUGGUUGCUCACCCAGUCCGUCACAGAACAGCCAUGUCUGGGAAGAAAUGAACCGAACUCAUCUGUGACAUCUCUAGGAUUUAGCUCCGCUAAUCUAAACGGGAUCGUGUCAAGAACAACCGAGCUAUUCAUUUUAAAGAGAAAUUAUUAACAUAUUUUGUAUUUUCGGCGGCCAGAUUGACACCGUGUUUGUGUCAAGACGGGAGAAAUUAUGUUUCUCUUAUUAGAAGACGAGUAAACAGUUGGAACAUUUGAACAAUUCCUUGGAACCGCGUCCUGUGUGUAGUCGCCGGAUCACUGAGCCGGCUGCCUUACUUAUUUUAUAUGAUUCCGUCGCCUUGUUUUUAUUUUGGGGCCAACGUAUGUUGAUGAAAAUCGAGCAUGUCAGGAAAACAUUACAAGGGUCAUGAAGUCAGUUGUUGCAUCAAAUAUUUUAUAUUUGGAUUCAAUAUAAUAUUUUGGUUGCUAGGAGUUGCCUUUUUGGGGAUCGGACUGUGGGCAUGGAGCGAGAAGGGUGUGCUCUCCAACAUCUCAUCCAUUACGGACCUGGGGGGGUUCGAUCCCGUCUGGCUCUUCUUGGUGGUCGGGGGGGUGAUGUUCAUCUUGGGCUUCGCCGGCUGCAUCGGAGCUCUGAGGGAGAACACCUUCCUGCUCAAAUUUUUCUCUGUGUUUCUCGGGAUCAUCUUCUUCUUGGAGCUGACUGCAGGGGUGCUGGCCUUUGUGUUCAAGGACUGGAUUAAAGACCAGCUGAACUUCUUCAUCAACAACAACAUCAGGGCGUACCGCGACGACAUCGACCUGCAGAACCUCAUCGACUUCACCCAGGAAUACUGGGAGUGCUGUGGAGCCUUUGGGGCUGAUGACUGGAACCUGAACAUCUAUUUCAACUGCACCGAUGGCAACCCCAGCAGGGAGAAGUGCGGAGUGCCCUUCUCCUGCUGCACGAAGGAUCCCGCGGAGGAUGUCAUCAACACACAGUGUGGCUAUGAUGUGCGAGCAAAAGCAGAUUCAGAACAGAAGACAUAUAUUUAUGUGAAAGGGUGCGUGCCGCAGUUUGAGAAGUGGCUCCAAGACAACCUGACGGUGGUGGCAGGGAUAUUUAUAGGAAUUGCACUAUUACAGAUUUUCGGGAUAUGCCUGGCACAAAACCUAGUGAGCGACAUUGAAGCUGUGAGGGCAAGCUGGGUGCCCCCCUCUAUCUCUGCGCGCCGGCCUCCCCCACCGCACUCUGGCAAGAAACCCAGCGCAUACUCAUGAGGAUGUGUGUGUGUUUACCUGCCUGUUCACCUGAGGCUGCUGCCCAUUCUCACCUUCGAAGACACAGGUCUGCUUAAGCAUGCUGACACCAGCAAGGGAUGGAGCAGGGAAGGCCAAGUUCACCUUGUCUGAAAACUGUACAAAGAUUACCUGUACCGUUUGUUUUAUGAUCUGUACAUAUUAAUAAUUUUGUAGGGGUUCCAUGAGUCUUUUUUUCCAAUAUCUGUGGUGGUGUCAAACACCCUUGUGUAAGAAAUGUAAAAAAAAAACAAAAAAACUAAAAAGGCAUGGGUGGUUGUGUAAAUACACUGCAUGCCUAACAGAAUGGCAUUGGGUCUUGUGCAUUCCAUGAUGUAAAAAGUAUUUUGUUCACUCUAAUGACCAGUGUAAAGGUUGCUGUCAUAUUCCACAUUUCAGCACACAGGGGUUGGAAUAUUACAAAAAGAAUUGAUGUAAAAUACCCAGAGUUAAAUCUUCCCAGAAUUCUGUGUAUUUUCAGCUGAGGUAUUUGAGCCUAUGCCCAAAAUAGGUAGGAGGAUGGCAGUUUGUCUUCAUUUGGUAGUGUCCAGUAACGGUACCCUUCUAGACAUUUUGUCUUGAAAAAAGACAAGUGAAAUACCUUUUUCUUUGUAGAAUACAUAUGAGUUGAUUCCCAGUUAACUAAUUUGGGUAUGACAUAAAUAGACCAUACGGCUGAGGCUAAUUUCUUGCCAAACAAACAGGUUCUAAAUAGUGUUUUAAGUCUUGUGGUGUCUUGAGAAAUGUAGUUUCUUUAUAGCUGAUAAAAUGUUCAGGUUACAUUCCCUACCAUUUUGAGUAGUGGUUAAGCUCUAAGGCAAGCAGCCUAUCUGAGCCAACAUAUCCAGGAUUUCUCAUCUCUGCCUGCCGGUGUGCCAGGAACAAAGGCAAGCACUACUGAAGAGCAGCACAUCCACACCUGUGCGAAAGAGAACCCCUUCACACCCAAAGGAGGACGGGCGAGGCGUUUCCCUCACGCCGGCUCCCCCAAACUGCGCCUUCUUGCCCGCAGUGCGAGAGGAUCAAUCGGCUAUCCAGCCAGCCUCUGCAGCUUCGGCUCUGUGCACACGCAGGGCGUCCGCCAUUUUACUUUCACUGUCUGUGCUGAUUCCCCUGUGAACUAAACCCAGCCUUAUUCCUGUACCCAGUGACAUUGACUAGGAUGAUAAUAAAAAGAGAAACCAAAUUUGAA